AUGCCCAAGUCUUCAAUCGCCUCGAUCACCAAAAAUCGCCGGAAGGCACUUGGGCUCCAUGAGCGUCAGGCUGCAGAACGCUUCCUGCAAUAUUUCUGGGAUACCUGGAAGGCGGAUUAUGUGAGGAAGAUACCAAUCCGCGAGACAAUCAAGUCCACUACUCGAGGCGAGAAAGGUGGCCCGGACCCUUAUGGGUAUGCUGCGUAUCGCAACCUGGUAUUGGCUGCAAUCAACAGGAAGGGCGGCGUCAUGAAUCAAGUGGAGGAGACUUUGGGAAAGAUUGGGGCUACUCCUGCCGAUCUCUGGAAGGAUGACAGAAGCUUAAACAGGGAACGUCCAGCUACCAAGCGUGUUCUUGAGCAUCAGGUGCCUAUAGCUGACACCCAUGCAAGGCUGGAAGAACGAGAUGUGCAAGCAGCUUUGGCUUGA